UUUCCUAAAAAUUAUAACAUAAAAACAACAAUCAAACAAGGGAAAAGGCCAUUUAAAGGAAAUGAGGAGAGUAAUGAGUCUACGAGCGGUUCAUCAAAAACAGAGAGCAUUACGGAUGGUAUGAAAAAGAAGAUUAAAAUUAUGUAUAAACUCAAACCGGAAGUAGAAAAUCUUAUUAUAUACGAUACAGAGAAUGAAAAACGUUGGGCUGAAUGUAAGAGUUUUUUGGAUAAAGGAAAAAAG